GUCUAAUAAAUAACAGUUUCAUGUGAGGGGACUGCAGAACGUAAACGCCAGCAUCUGCUGGACUACUCGACUCACUAUUGACCGUCAUUAACUCUUUUUUACGCCAGAGGAUUUAUAGGCUACAUGUCAUUUUUGUGUCCUGUGUGUUAAUAUUUGAAUUAGCUUUUGGGUAUGACAAGUAAAAUGAGGUUUGUUCGGUCUCUGAUGAAGGCGGCUGCGCUGGCCAACGUGCCCAAACACGUCGAUCAUUUCUCCAAGUUCUCCCCCUCUCCUCUUUCAAUGAAGCAGUUCCUGGAUUUCGGUUCGACCAAUGCCUGUGAACGCACAUCAUUUGUUUUCCUUCGCCAGGAGCUUCCUGUCCGUUUGUCCAACAUCAUGAAGGAGAUCAAUGUGCUGCCGGACCGGCUGCUGGCUACGCCCUCCGUCCAGUUGCUCCAGAGCUGGUACAUCCAGAGCCUGAUGGAGAUCCUGGAGUUUCUGGAUAAGAACCCUGAUGACAACAGAGUCCUUGAGAUGUUUGUGGAGGUCUUGGAGGCCAUUAGGAACCGGCACAACGAUGUGGUCCCCACCAUGGCUCAGGGAAUAAUUGAGUACAAAGACACUUUUGGCCAGCAGGACGCUGUUACUGACCACAACAUCCAGUACUUCCUGGAUCGCUUCUACACCAGCCGCAUCUCCAUCCGCAUGCUCAUCAACCAGCACACUCUUGUCUUCAACGGUAACACAAACCCCGCCCACCCCAACACCAUUGGCUGUAUCGACUCCAUGUGUGAUGUGACAGAGGUUGUGCGAGAUGCCUAUGAGAGUGCUAAGUUGCUGAGUGAGCAGUAUUACCUCGGAGCACCAGAGCUGGAGCUGAGGCAGAUGAAUGCCAGCAACAACAAAGAGCCCAUCCACAUCUCAUACAUCCCAUCUCAUCUGUACCACAUACUUUUUGAACUCUUCAAGAACGCCAUGAGAGCAACCAUUGAGAACCAUGAGGCCAGCAGGACCCUCCCACCAAUCAAGGUCAUGGUUGCUCUUGGUGGAGAGGACCUGUCAAUCAAGAUGAGUGACAGAGGAGGUGGCGUUCCCUUCAGGAAGACCGAGCGUCUGUUCAGCUACAUGUACUCCACAGCUCCCAGACCCUCCAUAGGAGACAAACACAGAGCCCCACUGGCAGGGUUUGGGUACGGUCUGCCCAUCUCUCGUCUCUACGUUCGCUACUUUCAGGGAGAGUUACAGCUCCACUCUAUUGAGGGUUAUGGCACUGACGCAGUCAUACACCUGAAGGCAUUGUCUACUGACUCAGUGGAAAGGCUCCCAGUUUUUAACAAGACUGCUCUGCGUCACUACAAGCUGAGUUUGGAGGCAGACGAUUGGUGUGUUCCCUCCAAGGAGCCGCUGGACCUUGCCGUGUACCGCACUGCCAAGUGAUUCAUUCAUGACCUGGCAUGACUUUGGACACAAUCGUUACAAGUUGACCAUAAAUGUCCUUCAGAAGCAGGGCACUGUAGGACCAGAACUAUUAGCCUGGGAGAUGAAGUGACCAAAGGUGGCCAAGGAGAUCAAAGCGAAUCGCAGAGCGUCAGCGUCCUGAUUGUCUGGGAACUUUCUUGAUUGGAUCAAGCGUCUUCUUCCUGUAUCUACCUCUGUCUUCUUUACAUGUGUGCAAUAGACAGAGAUGAUGGUGGAUAGUCAAACAUGCAGUCAUAGAAAUCCAAAAAUGAGAGAGAGAUGGAAUUGAUAGUAGGGCGGGAAAAGUUGAGGAACAUCUCUAAUUGUGGACAUUAUCUGUAUCUGUAAAAAACACAUUUCACCCAAAUUUAGGUUUGGAUACGUCCAAGUGUGUGUUUAUCUUUUUGCCACAAGAAAUCAAACAUUUCCUCUUUCUUUGUGUGCUUACUGUUAGUGGAAAUACUAUGAAAACAUGUGUUGUUUGUACAAAUUGACAAUAGGUAAAACCUCUCUUGAAAUUUCUGUUUUGUGAACAGGUCUUCAGCUGCUUAGUUACUGAUAGUAAACAAGGAUUCAAGAUAAUUUGGUUAGAGUUAAACAUGAACUGUAACAUUAUCAAAGGGUUAUGUAAAACAGUCUUCUGUUGACAUUAAUAGUUUUCUAUUACUCAGCUUUGGUAAAAGUGUGGAAUGUGCCUCAGUCAGAUUGUUGUUGAAGACCAGUAAGGGGUCCAAACUGCAAUGAGUAUAUUUGACUGCGUAUGGAAAUAAUAACUGUUAUACUGUAUAGUGUGAUUCACUGUGUGGAUUCACAGAUAUAUGUAACCCAGACAUUGUGUUAUUGUGUCAUUUGAAGUGUUAUCUAUUUUAUAUUUGAAGUGAAUUGUUCUUAUUGGAGGACUUAUAUUUUUUAUAAAGAAAAGUUUGGAAAAUAAAUUUCCUGAAAUUAAUUUAA